UUUGUUUUUAUUAUUUUGUGACUUUUUAUUUAUUUUGCACUAUAAUUUUAAUUUGUAUUGAAAAGAAGUUUUAAGAAAACUAUUUGGAAAUAACUUAGAAGAGAGUUAUUAUAUUUAUGCCACAAUGAACGACCUGCAAAUAGCCAUAUUAGAAUUAGAAGAAAAGUUUAAAACCCAGUCUUGCAGGUUUUGCUUGACUCCAGAUAAACACAUAAAAUACCAUUUAAUCAGUGAAAAGUUAAAAAAAUGCUUACUUUAUUGUACUGGGAUAACGCUAAAUCAAGAGGAUGGACUGCCGAACCAAAUAUGUACAAAUUGUCUGAGCAGUUUAAUCAUAGCCUAUAAGUUUAAAAAAUUAUGCCUUCUUACCGAGAAGAUCUGUAAAAAUCUACAAACAAAUAAAAAGAAAGUUAAGUUGCAUGAUGAAUUGAGUACAGAAGCAAUUGAUGAUACUUAUGGAUUGGAGGAAGAUCAUGUUGACAACGAAAACAGUAUUAAAGAAGACCACAUUAACAAAAACCAAGAUGAUGAAAUUUAUGUUACUGAAAACCAAGAUAACGAAAAUAAUGGUAACAUAGAUCAUAAUAAAAACAAUCAUGUGACAUACUUAAUAUAUGAUCCCGGUAUUCAAGAUAACGGAACUGACUCAACGGAAAAACAAAUUGUGAACAAAGAUGGUGGGAUGGAGAAUUUAAAUGUGGAACUAGACAGUGGGUUAGAAACCAAAGAUUCUAUAGAAGGUCCACCGAAAAGAAAAUCUGACGAGGGCAAUACGAAGGUGGUGGGUGGCAGUAAACAGCUGGUCUUUGGGCCGUUUAGCAAGAGAAAGCUGCAGUGUAUGAAGCUGCUCUGCAAGUGGUGUAAUAUGAAGUUUGACACCAAGCAAGAGGCCGCUGUACACAGACACACCGUCCAUAAACAGGGUCUGACUUGCAAAUUCUGCGGCAAAACAUUCACACGGCACUCUGCUCACUACCUCCACGUGAAGUCGCACCUCCCGCCAACACUGCAGUGCGACCACUGCGACUUCCGCACCGCCCUCAAGCAGAACAUGAUCGUCCACCUACGGACACACAACGAUGGCCCGAGGAAGUACCAGUGCGACAAGUGCCCGUCCUCCCACCACACUGCGUCCAACCUGUUGAACCACAAGCGCAAGGCCCACGAGCUGGUGAAGCGGUUCGCCUGCCACAUCUGCGGGAAGACCUUCUACACCAGGAACUCGUUUAACAAGCACGUCGAUACACACAGCGAUACCAAACCAUUCGAAUGCCCGGUGUGCCACAACCGAUUCGCGCGUCGCUGGAACUGGAAGUACCACAUGCUGAAACAGCACGACGUCACUCUACCACCCAAGAAGAGAGGCAGUCGGAAACUCAACUCAGUAGUGGGCUAGACGUCAGCUGUUCAACAGAAUGAGGAGAGCUAGGUCUUUUACCCUCACCUGGCUGAUCAAUAACCCUAAAGCCUAAAGUAUAGUGUGUCUCGUGUUACUCGUAAAGUCUACAAGCGCGUAUAAUAUUACGCGUGACGUCUACGAACGCGUUUGAUGUUACGCGUGACGUCUACGAGCGGAACCUCUACGUGCGUGUUUGAUGUUACGGGUGACGUCUACGAGCGUGUUUGAUGUUAUUCGUGACGUCUACGAGCGUGUUUGAUGUUACGCGUGACGCAUACGAGCGUGUUUGAUGUUACGCGUGACAUCUACGAGCGCGUAUAAUAUUACACGUGACAUCUACGAGCGAGACCGUGUUACUCGUAGCUUCUACGAGCGUAAAAGGUUUUACGCGUGACGUCUACGAGCGUGUUUGAUGUUACGCGUGACGUCUACGAACGUGUUUAAUGUUACAAGAGACGUCUAUGAGUGUAUUUGAUGUUACGCGUGACGUAUACGAGCGUAUUGGAUGUUAUGAUAAUUUAGUGUUUAUGUUGGUACAAAUGUAACGUAAAAGUUGUUGUCAUUUAUCGAUGUUUAAUAAAAACGUGGCAAACAUUACGUGCGCACAGAAUAUGUUCGUUACAAUGUAACGCAAAAGCUAUUGUAAUUUAUUGAUGUUUAAUAAAAACGUGGCAAACUA